AUUGCCUUCUUUGUAGGUUGAAGAGGUUUGAAUAUCCGCAAACUCACCGAACCCUGCACCUGGGAGAGCGUUGACAUCUUAAGCAAACACCCUCCUGGCCCAGCGGCCGGCCCUGGAGCCAGGUCCUGAGUGAGCUCACGGGCCUCGGACGCAGCCAACUCUGCAGAAGUAACCAGUGUCAGCCCAUCGGGGCUGAGGUCACGAACCCCCCCACCCCCAGCUGGACACACCCGCCAGCCCGAGAGCCGAAUGUCAGUGGCAUCCGUGUGUGACUCUGGGCUCCGGCUCAGCUGUCCCCCAGUGUGACUCGUCAUCCCUGGCCCAGGGCCUGUCCUUGAGGCUCUGCGGGGCAUCAGCUACUGAGCCAUCCCCAGAGACUGCGAGAAAUGUCUGCGUGCCCUUUGGCCCCAGCUGGCCCGCACACCCUUCCUCACUCCGUGCACGGCCUACUCUUGAGAGCACAGCAUCGGGUGGACGUGAAAACCAGGGGCCGAAGCGAUGGUCCUAGAGCCGCCAGCACAGCGAGAGGAAAACCCCGGUGGCUUCCAGGUCUGUGGUGGAGCCUGUGGUCAAGGGCCACGUGGGGAGUGGGUGGGCACACAGGGACUGACGCGGAGCCCGAGGCCGAGGAGAGCCAUGCGAGCAUGGACCUGUGGCCCGGACGCCACCCCGAGGGCCUCUGGGGCUGCGGAGAGCCAGUGGGGGGAGGUGACUGCAGAGGGAGCGGCCUCCUCUUCACUCCUCUCCCGCCGAAGAGAUGUUCCUUUCGUCAUGCACCUGCCCUGGGCUGCCGGAGGUGUAGCAGGGGGCUCGGCCCUGGGGGGCGGCGGCAGACACAAGCUGAGGCGCAGACACGGGCACCCGAGCGCCGUGGAUGCGGGAACAGGGCUGGCGGUGUGCCGACGUGUCAGUGGUGCCAGUGCCUCUCGGCUCUCUGGUCUUCGGGGUAGAGAGACCAGGAGCUGAUUAACCGUGUGCAGUUUGCCCUGAUGCUCCCCUGACCAUGGCCCCUGGGGGAAGAGCAGCCCCCGGCCUCCUCUGACCCCUCCCACCCGACCCCACGCCUCAACGGCCGAGGCCGCACGUUUCCUGGAUGAACAGAUCACGUGUCUCCGAGUCGGGGAUCUGGAGCGGACCGGUUUUAAAGGAGGGCGCGUGUUGUCUUGUGCACGCUGAAGCGCGGUGCCUGCUGGUUCUGCACAAGCACAGGGCGCGCGUUAGGACCCCACCCUCCAGACCUGUGGGCCUCGGCCCUCUCCUCGGAAGCCACGCAACCCAGCAGCGGGCCGGGCACGCGUCUCACGUUCAAGCACAGCCUGGAGCGGAAACGUUGGGGCUGGAGCAGGGCGCCCGCAGCUGAGCCUGUGAACCCAGAGCUCGUGGCCCAGCAGCUGGCUGAGGAGUGUGGCGACCUGCCUGAGACAGUGGCCUGGAGGUCGGGCCUUCGACCUUGACUCGGUCGGUCGGGAAGAGAGGACAGUGGGAGCAGGCGAGGCUGGACAUACCCCGGGCGUGCACCACGACCUCCUGGUAAGAGCAUGUCGGGCCUGAAGACUCCUUUCUCAGAACGGUCACCUCUCAGGCUGUCAGUCACUCACUCGGCAGGUGUCCACCACCAUGCUGGAUGCCCGAGGUGUCCCUGGGGCAGGAGGGGGCCGUUGUGGUCUCCGUGUCUCCGAGCGGUCAGAGGCCAGCCACCCUGAGCGUGAUUCUGGAGGCCGUGCUCUGGGCAAGGACCCGCCUGAGGUGUGAGCCGCAGGCCGCGUGUCGGGGGACGUGGGCGAGGGCUGCCCAGGGAGGAGCUGGGCCGGCCCGGCCACAGGGGGCCUUGCCCACCACGCUGGGAGCUGCACCCCGAUCUGCAGGAACGUCCGUGGGCCCAGCCCCUGGGCGGAGGGUGUGAGAGCUGUGCUCGCGGGACUCGUGUGCCAGCGCCAGCGGGAGGCCACAGAGGAGCUGUUCAAGGAAGACUUGGGAACCAUCCAGCAAAGGCCAGGUCAGGCCCGGGACCACGUGACACACGACGGGAGCGCGGACGGGGCGCGCGUUGGCGGUGCCGUGACCGGUGCCCCCAGUGGCGAGAGCAGCUGGACUCCACAGCCUCCCCUGGGAUGAAAUCAUGCACCACGACAUCAGCCCGCUCUGUGCUGCCGACAUCCAGGACCAGCUGCAGAAGCGCUUUGCGUACCUGUCUGGUGGGCGGGGGCAGGACGGCAGCCCCGUCAUCACCUUCCCCGACUACCCGGCCUUCGGCGACGUCCCCGACAAGGAGUUCCAGAAUGUCAUGACCUAUCUCACCAGCAUCCCCAGCCUGCAGGAUGCUGGCAUCGGGUUCAUCCUGGUCAUAGACCGCAGGCAGGACAAAUGGACCUCGGUCAAGGCGUCCAUCCUGAGAAUAGCGGCAUCCUUCCCAGCAAACCUCCAGCUUGUCCUUGUCCUGCGCCCAACGGGAUUUUUCCAAAGGACGCUCUCUGACCUCGCCUUCAGGUUCAACAGAGAUGACUUUAAGAUGAAGGUACCGGUCAUAAUGCUGAGCUCCGUCCCGGAAUUACACAGCUACAUUGACAAGUCCCAGCUGACCGAGGACCUGGGCGGGACCCUGGAUUACUGCCACUCCAGGUGGCUCUGCCACCGCACAGCGAUAGAGAGCUUCGCCCUCCUGGUUAAGCAGACGGCUCAGAUGCUGCAGGCCUUCGGGACCGAGCUGGCCGAGACGGAGCUGCCCAACGACGUACAGUCCACGAGCUCCGUGCUCUGUGCCCACACGGAGAAGAAGGACAGGGCCAAGGAGGACAUGAGGCUGGCGCUGGACGAGGGGCGGAGCGUCCUGGAGAGCAUCCGGGAGCCGCUGGCCCGGGGCCCGGAGCAGAGCCCGAACCAGGACCAGCUGGACAGUCAGAGCACCGUGCAGAGGCUCCUGGCCCAGCUGAGUGAAACCGAGGCCGCCUUCGAUGAGUUUUGGGCAAAGCAUCAGCGAAAACUGGAGCAGUGCCUGCAGCUCCGGCACUUCGAGCAGGACUUCCGAGAGGUCAAAGCCGCCUUGGACGUGUUGGCCCAGAAGAUCGCGACCUUCACCGACGUGGGGAACAGCCUGGCGCAUGUGCAGCACCUCCUGAAGGACCUCGCCAGCUUUGAGGAGAAGUCCAGUGCGGUCACGCAGCGGGCCUGCACCCUGGCCCUGGAGGGUGAGCGGCUCAUCGAGCUGAAGCACUACGCCGUGGACUCCAUCCGCCCCAAGUGCCACGAGCUCCGCCAGCUGUGUGACCAGUUUGCAGCUGACGUCGGGCGGAGGAGAGGGCUGCUGGGCAGGGCGCUGGAUCUGCACGGCCUCCUCGAGGCGUCCAUGAAGUGGUGUGACGAGGGCAUCUACCUGCUGGCCUCGCAGCCGGUGGACAAGUGCCAGGCCCAGGACGGCGCCGAGGCGGCCCUCCAGGAGGUCGAGAAGUUUCUGGAGACGCGUGCGGAAAACAAGAUCCAGGAGCUCAGUAAAAUCUACCAGGACUACGAACCCAUCCUUACCCGAGACCUGCUGGAGCACGUGCAGAAGGUCUUCCGGAAGCAGGAGAGUGUGGAGGAGAUGUUUCACCGGAGACAGGCGAGCCUCAAGAAGCUGGCCGCCAAGCAGACGCGGCCCGUGCAGCCGGUGGCCCCCCGGCCAGAGGCGCCCGCGAAAUCGCCCUGCCCCUCCCCGGGCAUCCGGAGAGGCUCUGAGAUCCACAGUUCUGAGGGCAGCGUGCUCCGGAGGGGGCCCUACAGGAGGGCCAGGAGUGAAGUGAGCGAGGGCCGGCAGGGCCGCGGCCGCUCCACCGGGGACGAGGAGAGCCUGGCCGUCCUGCGGAGGCACGUGAUGAACGAGCUUCUGGACACGGAGCGGGUCUACGUGGAGGAGCUGCUGUGCAUCCUGGAGGGCUACGCUGCUGAGAUGGACAACCCUUUAAUGACACAUCUCAUCUCGACGGGACUUCAGAACAAGAAGGAUGUUCUGUUUGGAAACAUGGAAGAAAUUUACCACUUUCAUAACAGAAUAUUCCUGAGGGAGCUGGAGAACUACAUAGACUGCCCAGAGCUGGUUGGAAGGUGCUUUCUAGAAAGGAUGGAGCAGUUCCAGGUCUACGAGAAGUACUGCCAGAACAAGCCGCGCUCCGAGAGCCUGUGGAGACAGUGCUCCGACUGCCCGUUCUUCCAGGAAUGCCAGAAGAAGCUGGACCACAAGCUGAGCCUCGACUCCUACCUGCUGAAGCCAGUCCAGAGGAUCACCAAGUACCAGCUGCUGCUCAAGGAGAUGCUGAAAUACAGCAAGAGCUGCGAGGGGGCCGAGGACCUGCAGGAGGCCCUGAGCUCCAUCCUGGGCAUCCUCAAGGCUGUGAACGACUCCAUGCACCUGAUCGCCAUCACGGGCUAUGAGGGGAACCUGAGCGACCUGGGGAAGCUGCUGAUGCAGGGCUCCUUCAGCGUCUGGACGGACCACAAGAAGGGCCACACCAAGGUGAAGGACCUGGCCAGGUUCAAGCCCAUGCAGCGCCACCUGUUCCUGCACGAGAAGGCCGUGCUCUUCUGUAAGAAGCGGGAGGAGAACGGCGAGGGCUACGAGAAGGCCCCGUCCUACAGCUUCAAGCAGUCCCUGAACAUGACGGCCGUCGGCAUAACGGAGAACGUGAAAGGGGACACGAAGAAAUUCGAGAUCUGGUACAACGCCAGAGAGGAGGUGUACAUCGUCCAGGCACCAACUCCUGAAAUCAAGGCCGCCUGGGUGAGCGAGAUCCGGAAGGUGCUGACGAGCCAGCUGCAGGCGUGCAGAGAGGCCAGCCAGCACCGAGCCCUGGAGCAGUCCCACAGCCUGCCCCUGCCCGCGCCCGCCGGCACCAGUCCCUCUAAAGGGAACACAAAAGACGUCAGAAAGUUGGAAGAAAGAAAAACGGACCCGCUGACCCUGGAGGGAUACGUGGGCCCCGCGCCACUGCCGAGGCCCCCCGAGAAGGGCAGAGAUGACGCGGUCACUAGCUCUACUUCAGAAAGCUCUGCGCUUUCCAAAAAGCGCUUCACCCUGCAGAGCUUUGCUGCCCUCAAAGGUCAGAAAGCCUCUCCUACCAGUCCCGACAAAAAAGCUAAGCGACACCAAGUAAAGAGCGACCCAACGCCUUUUGGUUUACGAGGUUGGAGCAAAACGUCUAACCCGCCAGAGGCUCCUGAGGACAACGACGGCUGGUCCAGCGCCGAGGAGCCGGUCAACUCCUCGGACGCAGAGGAGGAAGGGAGAGCGGGCCUCAGGAAGCUGGUCCCCGGGAAGUACACCGUCACGGGGCUGGACGAGAAGGGGGGCCCCGACGCGCUGGUCCUGAGGAGCGGGGACGAGGUGGAGCUGGUGCAGGAGGGCGACGAGGGCCUCUGGUUCGUGCGGAACGUGAGCUCCGGCGGCGAGGGCUGGCUGCCAGCCCGCAACCUGUCCGCGCUCCUCGGCCAGCGCGGCGCCCCCGGGUGCCUGAGCAGCCCAGAGUCCAGCGCGGGGUCCGCCCUGCUGAGCGCCUCGUCCAGCUGCAGCGAGAGCUGCGCGGCCGCCCUCGCGGACCUGCAGGGGUAGCGCCGCGGCCACCCCGCCUGCGGCCCUGGGAGCUGGCCUCUGCUCAGGCCGGCGCGGCGUGGGGAGGGGCCGGCGCCCACAGAACCGUCCACGGAACCCCGGAGCCGCCGCGGCCCCAGACGAAGGUUCGGGAAGAGUCCGCCCUGCGGCCUCGGCGCCGGGACCGCGCGCGCGCCCCAGGGCGCAGGAAGAGCGCGGCACCGCGGCUUCCUCGGGGAGUCGGACGGACGGGGCUGCAGACGACAGACCUCUGGUGCAGAAGGGCUCCCGGGACUCCCCUUCGGCCUCGGCCGCAGCCGCUCCCCUUUGGUUUCCGACGUUUCUGGUCCGGUGCUUUCUGCAGGAACACGCGUUCUGUGGAGCUGCUUCCAAAAGAAGUGACCGAUUCACUGACCCAGCGGCUUGGUGCGGGGGCAGGAGGCUAGUUUGUCUUAUACACAUUUUUUUUUAAAGCAAGGAUUAAUUCUACGGCCAUCUUUUUGGUGAUACUUUGGCCUCUGAUCUUUACCAAGAAUCACUGUGUUUACGUGAAAUGACAAUUUCAUACUGUAUUUGAUAUACAACUAUUUUUUGUUACUGGGGUUUACAUGGCGCUGAAUGAUUUGGGGGACACGCUCUCGUGGAAACAGCCCACCUGGUCACAGGUGAGUGGAAGGACAUCCCUCGGUAGAAUCAGGCAGCGUUUCUACAAACACAGGCAGUUAGAAACCAAGGAAAUUCCUUCACCUGUGUAGGUUAGUUUUCAAACGAAAAUGUGAGCUAUAAUUUAAAAUAUUAACCUUCUUUUCUACAGAAGAACACGGGGGACUCGAGUUUUUAACACUUCACUGAAUUAGGGUAUUUCUGUUAUUUUUAAAGACUGUGUAAAGAUGCAGUUUUUGCAGGUGUCACCUGAACCGAUGCUGUCACAGGAGCCCAGGGAAAAUCUGAGCUCCCGCCCCCCCCCCGCCUGGCAUGUCCUGUGUGGAGCUGUCGUGAGCACAGCAGAGUUUAUCUUAUUCAAAUCAAGGCAGAACUGGAAAGAAAACUCUUCUGUUUUACUGUGUUUUGUGUUUCAGAAACGAAUUCUGUUCCCUGGAAACGCUUCUUUCUGGGUCUGAUUGGGGCAGAUAUUUUUGUAUGUGUGUAUAUAUGUCGAUGUGUGUACAUGCGUCCCCACUGUGAGGGGUGUAUUUAUAGCCUCCAAGCUGCUGGCGAUGUGUCGCUUUACAGCCUCCCGAGCCCCAGGCCCCUGCAGCCCAGCCCACGGGCUCCGCGUCCUUGUGCAGGGCCAGACCUCUCUGGAGUGCGUAGUGGACGGCGUACAAGCUCGGCAGCUUUCCUCCUGGUGUAUAAGUUAUUUGGAAAAUGAUGCUUCACGUAAUUUACUGAAUAUAUUGAUUGUUCAGGCACCGUUCCUGCCAUCCCAGCCUGGGACUGGCCACCAUUUUUGCGAUCUCUUCCUCAUAAAAGCACUUUAAAACCUCA